UAAAAAAGUAUACGUACUGAAUAAAUAAGUCCUUGAGCUUAGAUCCACUUAGAGACACUCAAACCCAAUAGGAAACAACUCAAAGUGAAGCCUUCUCUUUGCAUCAAAAGCAACUCUUAUGAGUUGUGGUUCAUCUUUAGUAUAAAAUACAAGCACCAGAGAAAGAGCAUCCUAAAAUGGAACAAACAGAGCUAGAACCAUGUCUUUCAGGAACAUCAAGCUCUAUUUCUGCAGCACAAGGUGUACCGCGUUUAUUUGGCAGGCCACUAAAGUAUCAGCAACAGAAAGCAGCAGUCGAAUCUCAAGACAAAGAUCAGAAUCAGGAUCAGGAAAAAGAGACUGCUUCAUGGAAUGAAUCAGAUUCAUGCCAUGAAUACGACGGGGAACUCAAUCUGAUUGACGGCAUAAAAGUAGGAUCAUCUCAGAGUUCGACAGAAACUCCCCAAGGUUCAGAAAGCGAGCACCGAGUUUUCUCGUGCAAUUAUUGCCAGAGAAAAUUCUACAGCUCGCAAGCUCUAGGGGGACACCAAAACGCUCACAAACGAGAGCGGACUAUCGCAAAACGAAAUCAGAGAAUAGGAGCUACAAUUGCUGCAACAGCUGCAGCGUUUGGGCAUCCUUACAUACAUCAUCCACAACCAAGUUAUCCAAACAUUGCCUCGUUACCCCUACAUGGUUCCCUCAAUAGAUCCCUUGGAAUUCAGGUACACUCAAUGAUUCAUAAACAACCACCUUCUAAUAUGAGUCCUGCAAUGUCUUCUUCCAGAAAUGUGUAUGGACACCAUGGGUGGUUAAGGUUACCUAUUGAACAACAACCUGCUGUAGGGAAGCUAGUGUUGGAUACCUACCACAGUAGCGCCACCGUGGGACAAUCGUCAAGAGGUGGCGCUGGUAGGUUUGGUGUUGAUGAAGGGGUUACUAAUUUCUGGUGGAGUGGUGAUAUCCCUAUAAAAACUAAUCAUGAGGACUCCACAAAGCUUAAUUUAUCCCUCAGUCUUUAAGAAUGUACCCUCUUUUGUCUAAAAGAAUUUUUCUUUUUUCCUUUCUAGUAUUAGACGUUUGCUACAAUAUGCUUGAAGAUUUUUUAGCUUCUCUUUCAAGAUAUUAUGUAAAUUAGCUAAUGGCAAAAGUAAAGAUAUUUUUUUAAAAAAAGUUUUUCUGGUACAUGUAUAAUGCUUCCUUCAUCAUAUAGCAGGGCCAAGUUAGAAAUAAAACUAGGGAGGUCAAAUAACCGAUAUAGUAGCAAAUUAUUAUGGUCAAAUGGCCAAUACAUUUGCAUAAGUGAAGAUUGUUUCCUAUUGAACCUUGAAUAUUGAUUGCAAAUGUUAUAUGCAACUUCACAUUAAAUAAAAGACAUAAAUAAUAUAAUGAGUUAUUUUACUA